CCAGUCGCUUCCUAUUCAUUGCUGCAACUUCUGCUUUCACGGUUGUGUCGCUUUGCAUUGUGAACCUCAGUGCUUCGUGGUAGCACAGAUGCAGUGACAUUGCUGUACUAAAAUAAAGGCCAGAGUAAAGGAUACAACUCUCCAUUACAGUGAGUUGAAAUGGCUUACUCACAGAUCCGCCUGAAAAUUCUCCCCAGUGUUCGUUGUCUCUUCGAUAAACUGGUGCAGGUAAAAGUAGAAGGACUUGCUCCUCACAAACCAGUUGAACUGAGGUCCAAACUAGUCGACGACAGAGGGAUGAUUUUCAAGGCUUCUGCCCUGUACAAAGCAGAUGAAACUGGCCAGGUGGAUGUCUGCCGAGCACCCUCUCUGGGAGGAAGUUACACCGGAGUGGAGCCCAUGGGUUUGUUUUGGUCCAUGGCACCAGAGACUCCACACGGAAAACUGCUGAAGAAGAACGUGUUCAGCCCAAUACUGGUGGAGAUGGAAGCACUGUGCAGAGAGACUGGUGAAGUCUUAGCCUCUGAAACUAACGAGAGAAUAUACAUGACAGAGGGGAUGAGGAGAAUACCUGUGCAAGAGGGAAGAAUACGAGGUGUCCUCUUCAUACCUCCAGGAAAGGGUCCAUUCCCAGGAAUAGUGGAUCUGUACACAUUUGGUGGACGUCUUACUGAGCCCAGAGCCAGCCUCCUGGCAAAUAAAGGUUAUGUUGUUCUGGCACUGGCCUACUUAGGCUAUCAGGAUUUACCAAAAAGACCUAAAAUGUUGGAUUUGGAGUACUUUGAAGAGGCUGUUACAUAUCUGAGGAGACAUCCGGAGGUUAAAGGUCCUGGGAUUGGCAUCAUAUCAAUCUCUCACAGUGGCGGUUUGGCUUUGUCGAUGUCGUCUUUCCUCUCUGGGAUCUCAGCGACCGUCUGUAUUAACGGCUGCAUUGGAAAUACUGUGAUUCCCUUACACUACAAAGACAUUGUUCUACCUCCACUUUCCCCUGUCAUAACAAAUGUUAAAAUCACAGACUCUGGGCUUAUCGAUAUACGCGAUGCCUUACCAGACCCUUCCUUGGAUGAGAACAGGGCGUCAUUGUUUCCAAUUGAACGUGCUAGCUGCCAGUUCCUGUUUGCUGUUUCUGAAGAUGACCACAACUGGAACAGUGCUCUUUUUGCCGAGCAGGCUGCUGCAACACUGAGAAAACACGGCAAAGAGUCAUUUAAGGUGGUGACAUACCCUAAAGCCGGACACUUUUUGGAAGUCCCUCACAUGCCUCAUUGUCCGUCUGGGUUCCAUGGAGCAGUGGGGAGUAACGUGGUGUUUGGUGGAGAGCCAAAAGCCCACUCUGAGGCUCAGCUGGACCUGUGGGACAGAGUCCAGGAGUUCUUCAAGAGCCACUUGGACAACAAGAGCACUUGUUAGCAAGCAAUGCUGCAUUAAGUGUGUCAAGCAUCCCAGAAUGGCUGUCCUUAGCUAUGCUUUGCCUUGCCUUCAGUUUCUAAUGAAUGAAAUUGUUAAAGGGUUAUUUAAUGACACUGUAUGAGUAUUCCUAUGUUGAGGCUUUGGUUUAAUGACUCUCUAGACCUCAUUUAGAAGCAUGCCUUCAAUCCAACUGGUGUUUUUUUUUUUCCCCCAUAAGCUAACAUUUGUAUCGUGGGUCACCAUCAAGGUGGGAAAUAAGCACCAGCCAAAUGCUGGUAAAAUAUAAAUGUGGCUUAUAUAUAGACAGAAAAUAAUGAUUUACUAUUAAAAGUUAUUUUCCCACCCUGGUUACAAAACAUUUAUGCAGAUUUAAUUCUUCCUCACAGCAGAUAUUUUUACUCGUCAUAACAGGAACACCACAAGUUGAGCUUAGACUGUUAGUCCUCCUCCCCUCUUCUUGUUCCUACGGUUAGUUAGUUAGGAGACAUCUUGAGCACAAAGUUUUUAAGAAAUGAACAGAAUUUGCAUAUUCAUAGAUUCUGUAAUGUUUAAUGAGCUAGAAGGAGUAGACACCUUUUUAAGGUUUUUAAAAAGAAAAAAAAACAAAAAAAUUAUUGUUCCAAGCAGACUUGUACAUGGGGCGGCUCCUUAGGUCUUCCACUGGGGGUGGUGGGGAGUGAGUGAGUGAGUGAGUGUGUGUGUGUGUGUGUGUUGUGUGUGUGUGUGUGUGUGUGUGUGUGUGUGUGUGUGUGUGUGUGUGUGUGUGUGUAUUUCUGCUGUGAAUGACCCGAAUAUCGCAGGUUCCAAACUAAAAUGUCUCAGAAUUAGAGCCCGACCGAUAUGGCUUUUUUGAGGCCAAUACAGUAAUCUAUUUUCGAGGGGGGAAAAUUCAGCUGUUACCUGUUAUGUCUCUGUGAAGUUGUCACUUUAUGAAGGAAUAUUUAGGAUAAAUAUUAUUUAACAUGUUAAAAUAAUUUAAAACCACAAUCCUCUAUAUGAUACACUGGGGAAAAAAACAGCAUAUUGGACUGAUACAUCUGUCAGGGUCUACUCAGAAUGAGUAACAUAAUGUGUGCUUGGUUGGAAUCAGUCACAGAUAAUCUGGGAUAACUUGAGCUCUGUAUGUUUAACACUCCUUGUCUCUCUCACAUGCAGUUUUAUUCUGAAUUCCUAGUAAUUGUGAUUAGUUUAAUUAUUUGUGGUUGGGCUGCAUAAUAAUUCAAUAUUAUAUUUUACUGACUUUGAUGUGUGAUGUUAUCAUGUUGUGUUACCGUUUUUAAAAAUAAUGCUGUGCGAAUAGAUCAUUACAAGAAGACUGGAAUUAAAAACCAAUAAAUGAGUUAACUCGUGUUCAGCAUAACAGUGGAGGGAAUUUAAUUGCAUUGAACAAUAAUGUGAUUGUUGUACACGUGAUUCUGCAAAUAUUUUUGCCAUAGGAUAUAAAUAGAUAUGAGAGAUAUUGUUAAUAAUAAAAGUAGUAGUUUAUUGUUUCAGCCUGUAAUAAUAGCGCCUGCUCUUACGGCAAUCAGUGUCAUUGUAAUACAGAAACAGUCCAGCGGUCUCCCAGAAUAACUACUAUUUGUACAAAUGUUGGCAUCUAGAGGAAGCUCAGCCUUCCUACAAUUCUCUUUGAUGUUCCUUACACAUAAAUGUGAGAUGUGUUUUGUCACAUACAACAUAAUGUGAAGCCGACUGGGAGGAGAACUUUCAUGAUGAAAGAUUGUGAAACAAAAUAUAUUAGCGUAUAUUUUAUUUUAAAUAACAGUAAUCCCAACGGUUUUAUUCCCAUGUUAAAGUUCAAAACCUUGGAAUUUUACUUGAAAGACAGUGGAUUGGAAGUGAAUUCACUUUGAUGAUGUAAGUGUUUCUCUUAGGGAUUUCAUUAACAAUGUAGCCUGCAUCAAAGCAAGGACUCUGAAGUAGAAGACAAAGACAAUUGUCUCUCUUCCACCACAUCCAUCUUUAUGAGGAAAUCUUUCUAACUCACGAUGCAGGAAAAUACUUUUAAUAUGCUGAGUCAGUCCUCUUAGCCUGUUAAAAUGUCAGGCAUACUGUGCUGAUUUAAUGUGAAUGCCUGAAAUAUGUAUUUGGCACUACAGUAAGAAUUACUUUUGUGGAUCAAUAAAGUCUAUCUUUUUAA